AUUAAUGAAGAGUUGGUAUAUUUUUUGGCAAAUUUGAGUAAGUUCAUGAUUUCAAAUUUUGAAUCUGGUAACGCCAAAAACUUCAGUAACUCUUCUUCUUCUCCUCCAUUCCAACGACGCUCUCUUCAAACUCAAACAUCCGAAUACCUCCAACCCCAAAACAGAAAUGGCUUCUCUCGCACCAGGCAUCCUUUUGAAGCUCCUUCAAUGCAUGAAUUCCAACACCCGCCCUACCGGAGACCACAGAUCCGCCAUCGUCCAAGUCACGGGAAUAGUGCCUGCCCUUGCCGGCUCCGAUCUAGGGCCUAACCAAGGCUUCUACGUCCAGAUCUCCGACUCUCUCAACUCCACCUACGUCUGCCUCUCCGAGCGCAACACAGAUCUCAUCCUUACAAAUCGUCUCCAGCUCGGACAGUUUAUCUACCUCGAACGCCUCGAAUUCUCCAUCCCAGUCCCACGCGCCGCCGGAAUCCGCCCCGUCGCUGGCCGUCAUGCCUUCGUCGGCACUCCUGAGCCGCUGAUCGCUCGCGUAGCUCCGGGAUCUAAACGAGAUUUCGUUAUCCAGCCUAUUUCGGAUUCUGAGUACACGCUUGACCCAAUCGCCGUUUACCUAAACAAUAAACGACCUGGUGAUAAUUAUGAUGAUGUCGUGGCUCCAAAAGGGAGGCAGGCGCUUGCUCCGGUUAACCAAAACGAAAAGAAAAGUAAGAGGACGCCACAGAGAUUCUCGUCACCAGCAUCGACUAAGCAGCAGUCUGGGAAGAAGCACAGCUCCGGGGUAGAAAGAGAUCCAUCACCCGCGAAAGGGAGGAGGUCUGCGUCUCCGGUUCCGUCCAAAUGCGUAGUGCCGAGCCUGGCGGCUGCGCGCGAGGAGAAUAGAAAGGUUGCUCGAGAGGCAGCCAUUGUUGUACCGUCAAGAUACAGACAACCGUCACCUAAUGGAAGGAAAGUGAAUCCAUCUCCUAGUGGAAGGAGACUGUCGAUUUCACCAGGAAGACGGCUUUCAAAUGGUUUGAAAAUGUCCUCUCCCAUGGUUGGAGAUUCUUCGGAGAAGAAGAAGAUGGCCGCCCUUGCUGCAGGAAUCUCCAAAGUCUCCGAGGCUCUUGUCAGAUCUUCAGCUAAGAAUGGUAACCGAAAGAAUUGGGAUGAACCUGAUGGAAAUGUUCAAUCUGAGCACAAGGAUAAGAAGAAGACUGAUCUUCAAGGGAUUUUGCGUACUCAGGCUGCUAUGACGAGACGUCUUAGUGAUGCUAAUAGGCGAAAGAGUGAUUUUUCAGCAUGUGAAGACAAAGCCAGAUCUUGUUCAUCUGUGAGUAGUUUAGUGGACGAAGAAAAAGAAGUCUCAGCUUUUGAAGGACUUGGGAUCACUUAUCAUGAUAGUAAAUGGACAGAUGGUAGUGUUCCAUUGGAUAACAUCUCAGGGGUUCUCGCUAGACAUGCAAAGGAGGCUGUGCGAAGAAGAAACUUUGCUGCUAAAGCUGCGGCUCGUGCAUUGGAGGAGGCUAAUGCCAAUGAGUGCAGCAUUAGAUGUUUAAGUAAAUUCGCUGAGCUUUCUUCAGCCUCGAAACUGGAGAAUCCAUUGCAAAUCAUUAACCAGUUUUUGACAAUCUAUGGAGACGUUACGAAAUACAGUCAGAUUGUUUCUGAAGAUAGUUUCCGGUCGUCGUCUGAUGAACCAAGCCCAAUCUCUCUUUGGGUUGAAGCUGCAUUAGCAACUAAUCUCGACGUGGUCUCACUAGUCAAACGCCAGAACAACCUAGAAUCUCCAUCUUCAGUGAAGAAACCAAUGCCUACUCGCAUCUCUCCCGGGCCCUCUACAAAGACAGAGAACAUUUUUGGGAUGUGGACAGACAAAGAUGGCUUGAAGGAGACCACUAAAUUUGCAGUGAACGUACAAUCCGAAAUGCAAAUGUGGUUUAUUGGGUUCUUGGAAGAGUCGUUAGACAACAAAAAUGCGCGGCCUUUAGACGGUAAUUCCAUAGCUGCUGUUCUGUCUCAGCUGAAACAAGUCAAUGAGUGGUUGGACCGUGUCGUGUCGGACCAAGAAAACAAGAUAACAACAAUGCAUUUAACGGACAAGAUUGAACGGCUGAAACGCAAAAUCUAUGGAUUCGUAAUCCACCAUGUCGGUUCUACUGUUGACAACUCUGCUUCUUGAUUUUGUUUUUUUUCAUCUUUUGCUUUUGUUCUCAAAUGCUUUCACGUUUCAAACUUUCCAUAUGUUUCUUAAAUGCUCGAACAUAUUAAUUAAAAAA